GACCCGCAGAGGGAAAAGGGAAGCGAACCACACAGAGAGUGAAAGAAGGGGGCGGAGAGAAAGACGGAGGACGGAUACGCGGGUCUACGGCGGGGCAUCCCAAAAUCAGGAGCCAGCACACAACUGUCAUAAGACACCAGUUUUAGGGGUUGACAGAUAACUCAAAUGCUCGCCAGCUAAAAACCACUCGCGGGAAGAAGAAAAUGAAGGAAUUCCAGUCGCAUUUGGAACCCGAUUGCCGAUUAAAGGUGUGAGCACAGCCGUAUUUAAAGGGAGGCUAAGUUUCACUCAAAAGCUCCAUUUUCAGCAAUGAGGUGUUCUUCUUUAACGGAAUCUUCUUGAAAGCAUUUAAUUUGAUUUGGAGAUGUCUACAGCCACAGGAAAAGUUCUUGUUCAGGUUGAGUAUAACUAUCAAUACACAGCCAGGGAUGGGAGACUCAUCUCUAUUAAACAAAAUGAAAUAUAUAUUCUCCUUUCAAGAACCAAUGACCACUGGUGGCAUGUUAGGAAGGAUGACCAAUCCAAACCAUUCUACUUGCCAGCACAUUACGUGAGAGAAUUGACUUCAGAAAGGGCAGUUUCCCCUGGAGUUCCAUCCCUGGUUGGAUCUGAUGCUGCUGAAAACCAAAAUAGUAGAGAGGUGAGCAAGACUCAAAGUGUUGUUAAAAUCCAUCGGACUGUUGAGAAAGAUGAGCUAUUUCAUCAAGAUAAACAAGGACACAAUGACAACAAAUGUGAUCCAGUCCUGGAGAAAGAAAACCAGCCUAAUUUAAACUCUACUAAACCCAAGGAUCCUUCAUUGAAUCAACUGGCCAAUGACUGCCCUCCCUCACUCCGUGGCUCAAACUCUUCACAACAUUCUUUGUUGCCACUAGAAUUGACACCAUGUUACAGUGAAGUGGCCAAAGCCUCUGAGAAGAAUAAACAAUCCAAUAAUAAAAAAUUCACCACUACCAUUGCACCAAAAAGGCUAAAUUCCACAGUCAGGCUCCGCACCAAACUGCAAGAUAAUUUUCCAAACAGACUUAGCCUAAUGGAAAAUCUCCUGCCAGCAGUGCCAGCAGUGAAUUCAGAAGGCCUUAAUCAUAACCUUGCCCUCAAUAAGGCAAAAGAAAUUAACUUUUCAGAAAAGGUCUAUCCUCUUCAACGUACCAGCUUUAGCCAGAGCGGCAAUUCUAAAAAACAUUCUACUGUAGAAAUUGGUGCUGUGAUAUUGGGACAACCAAAGCUUGUGGAAACAAACAGCUCAACGCUUCCUCAAAUACAACUUCCUGAAUCUGAAAACCUUUAUGAGUCAAUUCCAGACAUAUCGAAACCAAAGACUAAAUCCCAAAAGGAAGAACGUAGUGAUGCAUUGAAGGUGUUCAAUAAGAAACCUGAAGCAGUGUAUCAGAAUGUUGCACAGCUGAAGCAGGAGUUAGCAGAGGAACAAUUGGUUCCCAACACUGGCUUAACCAAUCAGCAGGAAGAAUGGGAAACGCAUACUGAUGAAGCAAGUGGGCAACCUUUCUACUACAACCCGGUGACUGGACAGACAACUUGGGACUGUCCGUUCGAUACCUUGGAGAGCAGGGAGCAGCAAGCCUCAUCUUCUCGCAGUUCUAGUAUAAGCAUUCCCUUGGCAGUAUGGGAAACACACUUUGAUGAAGUUAGUGGUCAGCCCUAUUACUAUAAUCCAGAAACUAGGGAGACCACUUGGGAACGACCUGAACAACAAGAGCCAGAUACGAUGGACCGCGAAGAUAUUAUUCGAGACCAGAGGCCUCCCACACCAGAACAAGAUUACCCAGAAUUGACUGAGGAGAGUCCUCCUGGAUUCCAAAGGCAUCAGCGGCAGCCGUCAGACUGGUCACAGGAGGACUACAGUGAGCCACAGUCACCAGUGGACAUGCCUGUAUACCAGUCGAUUGACCCAAAACCACCUCCAGGCUGGUCCUUUGAGUUGGAUCAAGAAGGGCAGAUGCUUUAUACAAGUGAAGUUACCCAAGAAAAAUGGAUCAGGCAUAUGGACACCAACGGCAAGUAUUAUUACUAUAAUCCAGAUGAAGGCAAAUCAGAGUGGGAACUUCCACAGUAUGAAGCUCACUCAAAUCGACAUAGUGCAGGAAAUGGAAUCGAUCAAGAGGGAAAUUUAGUUUUUUCACACUGGCGCCAUGGCCAGUCACUGAAAAUUGUUCCACCGCUACGCUCUGAACCUGAGGAGAAGGCGUUAUUCGCUAUCCAUAGGCGAAAUGCGUCUGAUUUUAGUGCAGAGCUUGCACUUGGGCACCGUGUUGAAAUCCUGCUCCCUCAAUCCCAAUCACUGGAUAAAGCUGGAAUUCUAAACAAAGCCAAGGUGGCAGACAACGGGAAGCGCAUCAGGAAGAACUGGGCAUCAUCCUGGACUGUUCUGCAGGGAGGAAUACUGACAUUUUACAAAGAUCCCAAGAAUCAGUCUGCAGGGAGCCUGAAACAGGCAAUUGGUCAGAUUGUACCUGAAUAUACAGUUGAACUGAAAGGAGCAACAAUUGGAUGGGCAGGAAAGGACAAAUCCAGCAAAAAGAACGUGUUAGAGUUGAAAACAAGAGGGGGUUCGGAGUACCUUAUACAAUAUGAUACAGAAUCCGUCAUUGGAGACUGGUACAAGAUGAUCAAUGAGAGUAUCUUUCAACUGAUGGACACAGUGAGUACAGAUGAAGUUGAUUCUGCUUAUGAUAUAGCUGCUCCGGAGAAGCUCAACAACAAAGAGAAGGAUGAGAAGCAAAGUCGCUUUAGCUUGAAGAACCCUGGGGUCAAUACUACUGAAACUGCAGACACCAAGAAGGUGAAAACCAAAUUAAAAAAGUUCCUACAGCGGAGACCCACACUGCAGUCUGUGAGGGAGAAAGGUUAUAUUCAAGACCAGAUAUUUGGCUGCAAUCUGGUGGACCUGUGUCGGAGGGAGGGCACCACCGUGCCACGCUUUGUAUUGAAAUGCAUUCAAGCCGUAGAGAAUCGAGGUUUGGAUAUCGAUGGUUUAUACCGAGUCAGUGGGAAUCUGGCUAUCAUCCAGAAGCUACGAUUCAAAGUCAAUCACGAUGAGAAUGUGAACCUCGAGGAGGGCCCAUGGGAUGAUGUUCAUGUUAUCACAGGGGCUCUGAAGCUCUUCUUCCGGGAGCUGCCAGAGCCACUCUUCCCUUACAACUAUUUCAACAAUUUCAUUGCUGCAAUCAAACUGGUGGAUCUUGCUCAGCGUUUGAAUUACAUGAAGGAAUUAAUCAGUUCGCUUCCAGCACCCAACCAUGAUACCAUGCAAGUCCUCUUCAGACACCUGUGCAAUGUGGUAGAUUGCCGCAGCCAAAAUCGGAUGAGCUCUCAAAGUAUGGCAAUUGUGUUUGGUCCCACGCUUCUGAAACCUGAAACAGAGAGUGGAAACAUCACAAUCCACAUGGUCUAUCAGAACCAAAUUGUAGAAUACAUCCUUAACCAGUACCAGCAUCUUUUCAAUGAAAGCCAGGAGUUUGCGGGUAUUAGAUGAGCAAUAGUAUGAAUGGGGCAGUAGUGCCUUGUCUGUAUGUGUGGGUGCAUGUGUGUGGGUGUGUGUGCGUGCAUGGGUAUAUAUUAAGACAGGCAUGCACUGAAUCCAGCAAACACGGCCACAGAUGAAUAGAAGACUGUACUUCAGGACAUGGCCAAUCUCAACUUCAGGACAAGCUCAGGAAAGAAAUAUUUCAAAGAUGGUCAAACACCAAAUGGAAGAAGUUAUGGCCCUACUCCCAUGUAAAUAAAACGUUCCUUCUGUUGGAUAUCUCUGCCUAUCCAACAGUCUGCAUUUAAUAAAAAAAAAGUCAUUCCUUGUUUUUGGAUUCUGGAAGAGAUGCCAUCCUUCAACGUCCACCGAGAGACACUUCUAGAUAGCUUUCUCUGCACCUUUUCAUUCUACACUUCAUGGUGCCUCCUGGAACUUAACCUGACAAGAAGUGCUUGUAAUGAAUCAACACGUACACUUUAACAUGUGCUUCUCUCUCUCUUGCUCAAGACAUCUUUAUUUGUGAUCUGAUGGAAGUAAUGAUGAUACUGUGGAAAAACUGCUGAUGUGUGUUUAUGGAGUUUCCUUUCUGGUUAUUGAGACUUUACUUUUGUCAACAUGCAUAAUUGAUACAAAACAUAAUUAUAAUGAGACAAAGUGAACACUGGAGGCCAAGUUAGACACGAGUAGCUGGAACCCAAGCAUGGAGCAGAUUUCACAGUGCUGAUGAUUUAGAUAGUUAACUAGUGAUGGAUUACAAGUGUGGAUGUCUGUUCAGGAGUCUUGCAGUAACCUAAAUACUUGUCCUCUUCUGAGCCUUAAACCAAAGAAGCAAGUUUACUCAGGUGAGAAAAUAAUUGACAAUAGUUGAAUAUGUACAAAUUCAGAAUAGACACUGGGCAAUACUGGGACAGCCAAUACAGUAAGUAAGGAAAGGUGUGUUUACUUAACUCCAGCUAAUCUGCAAGAAUUUUAGUCUCCAAAGAUGGAAUCAUUUUAAAAAAAGGCAAAAUCCCUUGUAGGAAUGUGGAGGUCAAGUAAAUGAACAGUGGUUUUAGAUUGCAGGAAAAGAGAAUCCCAGUUCUUGAGGUCCUGGAAAAGGAUCAACUGGAAUAACAAAUGGUAUAAUUCCACAGUCCUAUAUUCCAUAUUAUUAUUAAAUACUAAUGCAGCUCACUUCCAGAAAUGUCAAUCAGAAAUCAAGUCUUGAUCUGCAUCUAACAAAGUUGAUAAAGGCUAAUUGACUAUAUAUUUCCAGAUAACAGUUCUAUAUUUUUAAAUCAAAGUUGAGACUUACCUGUUGUGGAAAUGGUGUCAAGCAUAGAAAGCAGAUGUCCAAUGUGUGGUAUAAACAUUUGAGCACAUAAAUAAGAAUGUGUACUGGCUUGAAUCUACAUUGUAAGCCAAUUGCAUGCAAGAGCUCUUCUGCAGGGUCAUCUUUCCUGUAGGAGGUACCCUGAUCGGAAGCUUUCAGGGUUCUAAGCCAGCACUGGUAAAAUGAGUUCAUGGACUGUUGUGGGUACUGAGGGUUGUAGACAGGGCAGGAUAGAGAGCAGCUUUGAUCUUCUGCACCAUGCAAAACACAGAGCAGCUACAGCCUUCACUGAAGCACAGUUCUAGACAGUGACCACAGGCAUCUCCUGCAACCCAGGACUGAAGUAAAAGCAACACAGUCACUCAGUGCUGGAUCCAUGGGUUUAUGUCAUGAGGUGAAAGGCCAUCUAGGAAGGAGAAAAAUGACAGUUAGUAAACAGAAUUCAAAGUUCAAUAUCACUGCUGUCUACAAAAAAAGUGCAAGAGGUAUUUUGUUAUCUUGUAUUUCAUUCUCAGUUUUUAUGGCUUAUAAUGUCUUCCCAAAGUGAGCUACCAGUCUUUUAACCAUUACAAGCAGACCCAGCAUUUGUCAGCUGUAUGGCUUGUCAGGGUAAAUAGGUUCCAAAAGCCUGGCAGUGAAAUGGAGAAGGAACACUUAGCUUGGUACCCCAAAUCCCUGCCAUCUGAGCCUCUACAUUAGCAACACUGACCAGAGUCACUGGUGAUGGUUGUUAUCAUUCUAAUUCUUUGAAGGUGUCCAGGAGUGUCAAGGGAGGGAGAUUUAAAACAAUUUACAUAAUUUCAUGGGAAUUCUUUAGCUGAUGGCUGGAACAUUAAAGAGCAUCCUGUUUAAUUCAGGAGUAUAUAAUUCCCAGUUGCCAACUUCCAAUGUACAGUGACAUGGUAGCAUAGUAGUUAGCACAACACCUUACAGCACAGGUGACCCUGUUCAAUUCCCAAUGCUACAUGUAAGGAGUUUGUACAUUCUCCUCAUGACUGCGUGGGUUUCCUCUGGGUGCUCCGGCUUCCUCACAUGGUCCAAAGAUGUCCGGUUGGUAGGUUAAUUGGUCUUUGUAAAUUGCCCUGUGAUUAGGCCAGGAUUAAAUCGGGGUUACUGAGCAGUGUCGAAGGGCCUAUUCUAUGCUUUUUUUUUAAAGUAAUCUGAAAUAAAAUCAGAAAAUGCUCAAACACUCAGCAGGCCAGGCAGCUUGUGCAAAUAGAAAAAUGUACUUAAUGUUUCAGAUUAGCAACCCUUUGUCAGAGCUGGAAAAGAGAGAAAAGAAGUUAGUUUUAAUUUGUUAGGAGUGGGGGAUGAAUAGGACAACAGAAUAUUUCAGAUGGGAUGAGGCCAGGUUGCAAUGGGAAUACAUUUUCGAGGAUAUCUAGUCCAUGGACUUUGGGUAUUUGGAGAGAGAGAGAAAAUGAACAUUAUGAUGAAGCGAAGGCAGUUACAGUGAUAACAAUGAAACAAUUUAUAAAGCAUAAGGCUGUGGGGCAUGCCCAGUGAGUAAAGGGUCGGGGGGUGGGGGGGGGGGAGAAUCUGAGCUAAUAGGAAGAUGGAUGACUUGCAGCAGAUUAGCCAAUCUGUAUGAGAAUGGCUGAGAGUUUUCAGCAUUUUGUUUUUAUUGCUGAUUUUCAGCAGCUGGAGCUUCUUUGAUUUUAAAUAGAAUGCAUUUUGAUACUAUGAUAUCAGUCACAAACACAAACUGACAGAGGCAAUGCAGUGAUUGCCACUAGAUGAGGCCCAAGAGCUGGCAGUUGAACUCUAAUCUAUACCCUGAGCUAUUUCUCUCUUCCUGCAUCUGGCAGUUUCCCAGGCAGCACUAGACAAUCUCAAGACGGUCCCUGUAAUGUGAGGUCUGCAGACCCAACUUGCAUUGUUGGUGUUCUUUGUUCUGAACUCACUAUGGUGGGAGUUCUGUACACUGGAGUUGCAGGCACACAUUGCUACCUCAUACACUGAUAUUUUUACAUUGCAGGAGUCCAUACAGAAUGGUACUUCACAAAGCACUGACCAGAAACAAGAGUCCACUUGACCUUGCGAUUAGUUACUGUCCUAGGUACAAGUUCCACCACAGCUACUGGAGAUGGUUUGUAUCCCUCAUAGGAUUAAAGGUGGGAGCUUGAAUUGUUUUCAUCCUCUUGCCCAACAAGUAUUCCACUCGAACCCUCCCCCACUCCUUUCAAAAGUAUGAAGUGCUGUAUACCUAUUGACCAGCAGUUCCCAAGCACAUUAAGAAUUUGAAAGAUUGAUAACCUGAGUAAUUUCUGUACUAAUAAAAAAAUCUAUUAUCUUUAAUAAAGAUCAAUGAAAUGGAGAGAUUAAAUGCUAAACAAGAGAAAAUAAAAUCUUUACUAGCGUAAAAGAAAUUUGCUAGAACACCUUGUUUGUAUUAAUUUCAGUGAGAGCUGCAUUUGCUGCCCAUGCACAAUGCUGGUAUUCAAUUUGGUUUUGUGAGCCAUGUAGGCAUAUGGUUAAGGAUUUGUGCAGUAACUUCCUGAACUUGUUAUUUUGUAGAGUUGAUACAUGAUGUGCAAAAAUUUUAUCCAUAAUUUUUUGCAAUAAACUUUGAAUGUUAGACAGGUUGCUUUUCAAGCAGGUAACAUUGAGACACAUUUCUCAGGAUUAGUUUCAAUUCCCCCUUUUAUACUCACUCUCAAAUCCCUUAAAGCUCAAAGGUAUUCUUUCAAUAACUUGUAGAUUGCUUCUGCUGAUUUUCUUAAUUUAAUGCUUACCUCUGCUCACUGAAUUCUUUCAGAGCCUACAAUUUUGAGCACAGUAAAUAGCUUUUAGAAAGAGACUCAAAUCUAUGCAUAUUAUUUAAAAUGAGUUUAUAUGAAAGCAAACUACGUAUCUGGGUUUGUUGUUUUAAGGAUAAUGUAGUUUUAUAGCAUUAACUCUGAAACUGCUGGUUUUGAAUAUACUGAUAUCUCCAGCUUCUGCUCUUAAAAGUGUUGUAGGUGUCAGAAUUUUUAAAACCUUCAGCUAUGGUGCUGGGCACCCAAUAUGAAUUAAAGCUUAAAAUUUUGUUGUCUUAAUAUACUGAAAUUAAUGUCUGGCAUUAAAACACCAAAUGUGAUAAAUAUCCAUUGUGGGCAGAGAUUAAUUUUUCCUACAGUCCCCAUGUGGGCCCCCUUCCUUGAAGCAGUUCAGAGUCCGCUUGGCCACCCACCACUUUCCACUCCUUCUGACGCUCCCUGUCUCUGUUUACAAGUUUAAGUAAGCUUCCUCAGCUGGAAUGCCGUACCUAUAAGUUGGGGCAACUGCCCUCAUUUUCCACUCUCCAGUAAUACUGGAUGUUUCCUCAGUCAUGGACCUUUGGGCCACUUGUGUAAAAUUACUUUGCCUCAGUGACUCUCUCUCAGUUCCUUAGAACCUUGUGAGGUCUGUAGUUUGUAGGUGCCUUUAGGUUUUCCUCCUUGGCUAACUUCCCAGUUAUGUUCUCCUCCACCCCCCCCCCCCCCCCACCACAUUCCCUCGCCUGCACUAAAGUUCAGUGUUUACUUUCAACUCUUUGCCUUCAGAUGCAAGUCCACAUCCCCCACUCCUUCCCUCUUCACUGUGCAGAGCAGGGCUUCCCAACCACUCAGUUACUGGUAGGGAUCCAUGGCAUAAAAAAAGUUUGGGAGCUCCUGAUGUAGAGCGUAGUAAGAUUUCUCCAUUUAAAUACUAGCUCUGUAAAUAUAUAAAAAUAAGUGUUCAGGAAUUGCAGCUUCACAUCCU